AGUGAGAGGUCCAGUGAACAUUCUGUACUCCGAGCUCGAAUACGCGUUUGCAAAAUCUCCGCAUUUCCUCUUCUUUUACUGUACUUCAGUAUCCGUUUGACGCAACUGAACGCAGUGAUUUAACAGAUUUGUGUGUUGUGUAUGAAUUAAUAUCAGCAGGAGAGUUUAUUUAUCCAUCUACGACCCGAUAAAUUUGGCUACUCGUAGACAUGCCACAAACAACAGAGACGAGUCCAUUAUCCGAAGAAGCACUUUCUUCAGCCGCUACACCAGGCUGCAGAAAUCGAAAGGCGAUGGCGAAGACCGUAGGACAGCGAGUCAAGAGCUUUUUACGUGGGAAUCUCCUAACAUUUCUCACUGUUAUCGGAGUUUUUGGUGGCGUUAUCCUCGGAGUUAUUUUGCGUAACUCACGAGAUGGAGAAUGGACGCAGAGAGAGAUUAUGUAUGUGUCUUAUUUCGGAGACAUUUUCCUUCAGAUGCUGAAAUCUCUUAUUCUGCCUUUGAUUGUCGCAUCGAUCAUCACCGCGAUUGGUGGAUUAGAUUUAUCUCUUUCUGGAAAGAUUGGAAUUAGGGCAAUUGCUUACUAUCUGUCCACGACUGUAUCUGCUGUUGUCUUAGGCAUGAUACUCGUCAGUACUAUUCAUCCGGGAGAAGGAAAUGCCUCGGAAAUCCACAAAUCAGGGACGUCUAGAAAUGUCACAACAGUUGACACUCUGCUCGAUCUAGUCAGGAACAUGUUUCCGCCUAACUUGAUUCAGGCUUGCAUCGCCCAGUAUCAGACAGUUCUUAUUCCUCCUAGUGAUGCAGAAAUUACAGCCAAGAAUCUUACGUUACUGGACUGGAAAAUUAGCUCCCAUUUUGUAACAGGGACCAACAUACUGGGUCUUGUAGUGUUUGCGACUGUUUUUGGCAUCACUUUGGCAAAGAUGGGAGAAAAGGGGAAACCACUACUGAUCUUCUUCGAAACUCUCGGCGCUGCCAUGUUGAUGAUCACAUACUGGGUGAUUUGGAUUUCACCAAUUGGAAUAUUCUUCCUUGUCGCUGCAAAGAUGAUUGAGAUGGAAAGCUUUGAGGUUAUAGUUGGGCAGAUGGGGAUGUAUUUCACAACUGUACUGGUAGGACUCUUUAUUCAUGGUUUUAUAGUUCUCCCACUCUACUACAGUGCCUGCACAAGGAAGAUGCCCUUUCGCUUCAUAAUCAACAUGUCACAGGCUCUUUUCACUGCAUUUGGCACAGGAUCCAGCAAUGCCACCCUUCCAAUUUCAAUGAAUUGUCUAGAAGAAAAAAAUGAAAUCGAUUCAAGAGUCGCGCGGUUUGUUAUGCCGAUCGGUGCAACAAUAAACAUGGAUGGUACUGCACUGUAUGAGGCUGUGGCCGCUGUUUUCAUCUCACAAGUACGCAAUAUGACACUCAGUUUGGGGCAGCUACUUGCAAUCAGUGUAACAGCCACUGCAGCCAGUAUUGGAGCAGCGGGCAUCCCUCAGGCAGGUCUGGUAACCAUGGUUAUGGUUCUAGACACUGUUGGUCUCCCACCUGAAGAUGUCACUCUCAUCAUCACUGUUGACUGGCUCUUGGAUCGUUUCCGUACCAUGGUCAAUGUGCUGGGGGACUCUUUAGGAGCAGGCAUCGUAGACCACUUAAGCAAGUCGGAGCUCUUGAAACUUGGACAACCAAACUCAGAUGCAGACAAAGUGGAUCCACAAAAUGGGAAACUCAGCACAGAAGAGGUGGAAUGGCAUACUACAGCCAUGUGAAAUAUUUUGUAAGAAAAUCAGUUUUAAAAUUACUGUAAAAAUUUUAUGACAUGACAUAACAUUCAUUUUUGACAUUUUUAACACUAAUGCCAUAUUAAUUAUUAACAAACAAACCGUGGUAAAAAAAAUUGUAGAAUUCAGUGUGAUAUGACGGUUGACCACACAUUUGAUUAACUGCCUUGCAGGAAGGAGUCUGAAUGACCGAUUGAAAAAUUGUGUCGUGGAGGUACAUGUGGAUUGCAUUCCUGUUGUACUUGCUACACAAUGAAUAUUCUUAGCCAUGAUUCUUUUUUAUGGCCCGGUUAGGAAGAAAGAAAUGAAGUAUGAAAUCAAUUUACCACAAUGAUGACCUCUUACUGCCACUGCUGAAUAUUCCAGCAAUGUUGAGGAACUGCUUAAUUUAAAUUAUGAUUCCGAACUCUGUCACUUAAAAUUUUGUUUAAAACUGACAAAAGUGCCUGUAAAAAAAUCAUAAUUUUAUAUUAUCGCAACAAAUUUUCUUUUCUACGCUGUUGUGGGAUGAUUGUGCAUCUCGAUAAACGAGACUAUAAGACUUUGAUGCGCUACCUACAACCAGUACAUACAUCAGCAUUAUGCACAGCGCAGUAAAACAUUGUACGUUAUACAAUUUAUGCUACAUUCUUAUUAUAAUUUUAAUUUGUAACUAUUUUCUAAUUGACAUGAAACCUUCUCAUACAGAGUGAUUCAGGAGAAGUUUAUCAAAAUUUGUGGGUUCAUUAAUCAAGUGAUUUUGAGUAAAAUGUUAAUUUAAAAUGGGUCAAAUUUGGGCAGGUUAAGGAUUUUUAAAGUAAGAAAAAAUAUUCCCAGAAAUAUGGUAUUUUAAUUAAAAAUUUUAUAGUAACUCCAAUGAAAGAUGUUACAGAAACCAUUCAAAAUGUUAACUUGCUAAUGCUACGCACAGGAUACUGCAGUGCAUUGUAUGAUGAUAUACCAUGCUCAAAUAUUAAUUUAAUUGACAGCGAAGCACUUUGUAGCAUGUUUUGUUAUUAAUAAUACUUUCAGUUUGACCUUGAAGUUGUGAAAUUGUUUUCUUUCUGGAAAAUCUUUUAUCUUACUUUCAAACUAUCCCGAAUCUCAUCAUUUAUAAAUUGGAACCAUGUUAAUACGACCUUUUUGAAAUAUCUUGAUUAAAGUACCCACAAAGUUUUUCCUCCUGAAUCAUCAUGUAUGAUAUAACAUUUCAGAGACUUCACGUCCAUUUUUCGAUCUUACACUUUGGUGUAUGCAUAUUGUGUUCUCAAUACAAAUCCAUUUCAUUGAUCAGAAAUUACAAAACAGUUACACAGGAGAGCCACAUACAAUUUAUAUGAGCACAUGGUAUGUAUAAACAAUACUCACUCACUCACCCACCCACCCUAUGGCGCAGGAAAUUCUUUGAAAAGUCAAUUGUAUACUCAGCUUGUCAUAGAAUAGCCCACUUUCUUUAUGGAACCCAAAGGCUCAUCACCGUGUUCACAGAAGCCCACCACCGGACUCUAUCAUGAGCUACCUGCAUCCAAAUUGUUGCAUAGAUUCCAUCUUAACACCUAAGCCUAGGUCUUUGCAGUGAUCUCCUUCCUCCACACCUUCCAAAUAAUACCUUGUAAACUCGCAUGUCUCGCCAACCUCAUCAUCCUCGAUUUAAUCACCCUAACAAUAUCAGGUGAGGAUUAUAGGCCACGAAGCUCAUAAUUAUGCAAUUUUCUCCAUGAUCCGUCUCCCUCCCUUUUAGGCACAAAUAUACUCCUCAACACUCUGUUCUCAGAGACCAUCAAUCUGUGUUUCUCCCUCAAAGUGAAAGACCAAGUUUCGCACCCAUACAGCACAACUGGCAAAAUUACACUUUUGUAUAUUUUAUCUUUGGUUUUUUGAUAUGAGACGCGAGGACAAAAGAUUUUGGACUGAAUGAUAGUAAGCAUCCCCUGAAUUUGAUAUCCUCUUGAAUCGUCAUGAAUGUCAUUCUGACUUGUUAGUGCCAUCCGCAAGUACUAGAAUUUUGUCAAAUUUUCGAAUGUUUCAUUAGCUAACCUUAUAUCCUGGUUCUGUCCUGAAUUCUGAUGCCGAGACAUGAUCAUAUACUUUGCCUUUUCUGCAUUUAUUUCUAGACCAACAUCCCUACCAGCCCUUAAAAGUGAUUUUGUGUUUGUUUUUAUAGUAUUUAUAUUAUCGCCCAACAGAUUAAUAUCGUCAGCACAGAACAAAAGCUGACGUGUCCCAUUCAAUUCCAAACCGCCCCGAAUUUCUUCAACUUUCUUGAUGGCAUACUCUGGGGCAAAAUUAAAAAGCAGCGGUGACAGAGCAUCUCCCUGUUUCAGGCCAUUCUGAAUAGGAAAUGUAUCGGGCAAAUGUUUACCUUCACGAUUUUGCUAGAGGUUUCCCUUAAACACGUUUUAAUUAUCCUGAUUAGUUCUUGGGUACAUCAAAUUGAAGCAAAAUAUUGAAAUGAGCUUCUCUUUUAAUAUGGAACUUAUUUGUAAAUAAAUUCAUCUACUGCCUCACAACCACAAAAUGGUGUUAUCAAGUGAUUUUCAUGGUUUAUGGCUUUUACACAGACCCCCAAAAUUUCUAAAGAAAUGUAGGAAGUUUAAAAAAAAUGGGUUCACUGCAAUCAAUGACUUGUAUGAAGAUAAGAGAAUAUGCAGGGUACUGAACAGUGAAACUGCAUUCAUUUUAAACUGGCUGUAUGAAAUUAAACAACGAAGAAAGUGUUUAAUCAAAUAUUGUUAUUGAAAGGGUUUCAUUGUUUAGUAAUAACUAUAUUUGUUGUCAAAAUAAGGUAGAACGGGAAAUGUGGCAGUACAUAAAUUCAUAUCUUUCACAUAUAAAUAAAGGACUGUAAAAUUAAUGUUAUUAAAAUUCACAUGCUAUCAAUAUUUAAUAGUUCAUUUCAUAUUAUAAUAUAAAUUGAAUAAACAUUAAGGUCAUGUUUUGAGGCCAUAUGGAUAUAUGUACUGUUCUUAUAUGUGAUGUGAUAUAAGCUCCAGAGCAUCACUGCAGCCGGUAUACAAACUUACCGAGCCGUAUCAGUCCGUAAGUGACAUAACAGCACAAUCACAGCUUACAGUUAACUUACAUAAUGCAUUGCAUAUUCCCAUUUACGAGACAAAAUUUUCAGACUGCUGAAGAGUUUUACGUGUCAGAAUUUUGCGUCCCACUCAUAAAAAAUGUCCCUCAUUUUAUCAAACAAAUUAACUUGAUCAUUUAGAGUCUUGAUUAUUUACAGUUCAAUAGCAGUAUCUGUUUCUUUUAAUACAAGAAAGACUUAUUACCGCCUCCAUCAUCAGGGCAACGGAGGUGGUAAAUUUAUUACUGCUCAGAGGACUGCGUUACGAAACACCUUAAAUGCACUUUUAAUCAUCUACUAAGCUGUAAAUGCAGGCAGUGUCAAGCGACUGUAACGUAUCAGUUUUUUCAGAAUAUUUCUCUAAAAUAUCUCUACUCAGCAAGAAAAAAUGGAAGACUGUGAAAGCUACAGAAGAAGAAGAAAGUAAAAGAAUAUUUAUAUUAAGGAGAAACUGAAGACAAAUCUGCGUGUAUAAGAAAAUGUAAAUGUCACUUUCUUCUUCAUAUAUAUUUAAUACCACAUAAUUUUACUGAGACACGUUUCUGCUAGUCGUCUGACACGAAGUAAACGCAAGCUGCUUCUGUAGGAAUGAAUGUUUUUCUUAUUUGACACUUGUACCUCCACUGUUUAACUCAAUAGUAUGAAUACUCCAGAAUCAUCUAUAGUAACCUUUAUCAUCUGCGCAACACGGCUUAUGAGUGAACUUCAAUGAGAAGACUGAGGAAAAAUCAGUGAAUAAAAUUAAAAAAACUAUAAUGAAAGUUCAAACUGUGUUACUGUGGUUUAAUAAUACUGCAAAUUCUCAAGUACACAGAUUUAAAAGUUUGUGACGAUGGUGUGUUUUUAAAAUAACAAGUUUUCUGGAUGUUUUCCAUCAUCUAAUAAAACCUCCGAAACGUCGUGCAAUUUUUGGUCCGGAGAUAGGGAUUAGCUCUAUCGAGUGGGCCCAACAGAGUAGGUUACCUGAAGACGGAGAUAGGGUCCCAUCUCCGAAACGUAGUGCAAUUUUGUGAUUUUAUUAGAAUCAAUUAUAAACUUCAUUGUAGCAAGUAUUAUGAGAUUAAAAAAGUUGGAAAAAAUUUAAUAUGCAGAUGAGGUCAGUUAGGCCCAUCUUAGAUAAUGCAUAGUAAAAAUUGGGGAAUAUCUGGCAUUUAAUAAUUGCAUAUUAUUAAGGUUAAUUUAUAUAUUAUGGGCACAAGUGAUCACAUAAAGAUUAGAGUUUGAUUUGAAUUAAAAGUAUACAUGAAGAAAUACAUCACAUGUUUUGAAUACAUGAAAUUUAGCUUAUUAAAAUUUCUUAUAAUGUGAUAAUUUAUUAUAUAGUUUAGAUUAUUUUAAAAACAUUAUCUGACCAUUCAGAAUAACUGGUUAUUUUUAUAAAAUAAAAACUUUGUGCAACAUUAAACAGGUUUUAAACAUCAUAAUGGAAAUAUGAUGCUAUAAUAUUUUAGUGUAGAUAAUUUUGCUUCAGCUGAAAAAUAUUUUUUAAAUCAUACUCCAUGAAUCCUAAUCAACAUUGUGGUGAUCAUGUGAAGUUGCAAGACAUUUAUGUAGACGACAAAUUAUUGUUGUUGUUGUUGUUGUUAUUGUUAUGAAUUUUUCUGAGACAAACAUUUUAAGGAACUGUUUCAUUGCAUUUUUAAGAGAAUAUCCAGGAAUCUGGAAGUUUGAGAGAGAAAAAAAGUUGUUUUAAUGAUAUUCAAGUAAAAUACUAUUCACGUCACAAAAAUACAAUCAUAAUCGUGAUGACGUUUAAAUAAGUUAAAAAUCAGCAUGAUGUCAAUUUAAAAUUCUCAGGUCCCAUAAUUCUUAAGCAUAAUUGCAUGGUGCUAUAUCCAGUGUUAUUGUAUCUAUUUGUAUAAAUGUUGCCACAUAUUCAGAAAUAAAUAUUUAAAGAAAUU